CUAUCAAAAUCAUUCCUCUCUUUCUUCUUAUCAGUGUUAUCAGUGCAGUGGGUACAGCGACCUCAUCAAAAUAAUAACAUAACCUCAAAUACCAGCCAACGUGUUACGUGUUAUCAACUGAGUGCAAAGUGAGUGCAGGUGUUCUAAAAACAAAAGAUGUCAAUGCUAGCCAACAGUUAGCCGUGGUCAUCUCAUUUUUGUGUGCAAAAUUGGCUUUUUUACCACUCUUUCAGUACCUCUCUUUCUUUCAUAAUCGUAGUGUGAUCUCAUAGUUUUUGAGUGAAUACUUAAGUACCUGAAUACCUUGUUGAUACAGAUUUUAUUCCCUUUGCAAUAGUAUUAUAGCACAUGUUUUUGGCAGGUCUAAAAUUCUGUGGCUCAAUUCCUAAAAGAACUAUUUCCAACAGUCUGACUGUUUUCCGCAAAAUCUCCAUGGCAGAAGAAAGUCCACUUCUGGUGUCUACUAUUGACAAAAUCAGAGUCAUCACGCUUAAUCGGCCAAAGAAAAAUAAUGCAAUUUCUCAGCAAAUGUACUUAGAUAUCACGAAAACACUCAAUGAAGCCGCUAGUGAUGCAGGGAUCAUGAUGUGUGUUGUAACGAGUAAUGGUCGAUUCUUUUCAAGCGGGACUGAUCUUCAAAACUCAUUGGAUGGCGAUCUUGAAACCAUAAUUAAAGUUGCCAAUCAAACGCUCUUGGAAUUUGUAAAUGCAUUUAUUCUUUUUCCAAAACUACUCGUUGCCAUCGUAAAUGGGCCUGCUAUGGGAAUUUCAUGCACGAUUUUAGGACUUUUUGAUAUAGUUUAUGCAUCUGAGAAAGCAACUUUUAACACACCAUUUUCAAAGCUCGGAUUGACCGCAGAGGGAUGCUCUUCCUACACCUUCCCCAGGAUAAUGGGAUAUACAAAGGCAGCAGAGAUGUUAUAUUUAAAUCGUGUAUUAACUGCCCCUGAAGCAAAAUCAUGUGGCCUCGUUGCAGAUGUCUAUAAGGAGGAUGAGCUAGAUUCCAUCAUUUGGCCGAGGCUUCGGCAGGUCUCUUCAGACUUCAAUGAAAAAUCUAUAAUAUACUCGAAACAAUUGGUUCGACGAUGGGACAAAGAGGAUCUCCUUGCCGCUAACAAAGCAGAAGUUGAAAGACUCGGGGAGCGCUGGGCUUCGGAGGAUGUUAUGGAAGCUCUCAUUAAGUUUAUGAAUAGAAAACAUCGCAGUAAAAUGUAAUGACAAUCGUCUUCAGGAAUUUCUAGGAGAUUCAUUCCUUGCCACCAUCAUGCAUUUAAUUGUCAUGGCGUCCAUGGCACUAAGAAACCCGUCCAUACGUAAUACUCAUUAGUUUUUCUACCUCUGGAAACAGAUUUUGUGAGCCACUAAGUGCAGGUAUAUUUUAUCUAAACUAAUCAGAAAUGCAUGAGCCGAACCCUCAUGAGAUUUUAGCCUUCAGAACUGGGUAAAAUUUUAUCCUUACUUCUGCCAAUGAGACUUUUAUCCAUCUGAACUUUCAUGUGAGGCUACAAUGCUAACAAUGCACAAAUGCAAAGUAUGGCAGGCAAUUUUAAAUUUUGAAAUCUGUAGUGAUAAUUAUUUUUUGCUAGAAACUGGGAAAUUAAAAGGCAAAUUAUCAAUGAUUUGGGGAAUUUUGGGGAACUACAUAUUUUGAGGAUUUUGGGAAUUUGUACCGUGACUAAAAGCUCCCCAUGAUUGCUGAAAACAAAUUACGGUUUGAAGUCUUUGCAACCCUGGCCUAACUUUUCCGGUUUGCUUGUUUUACCGUGUUCUUAAAACGAAAGGUAAUUUUGAUUAAGGGUCAAAUUGUAAACAGUUGUAGUCUCUGAUGUAUUUAUAACUGGUGUUGGUAGAACUACUUACUGUGCAUUAAAUGGUCGAUUGUACCUUUCUAAUGCGCAAUUUUUUUAUCAAAUCGAAGGAGCUAUCACAAUGGUAGUAUUGUGCCUUGUUAUAAUUCGUUGUCGAUUAAGGUUUUUCUUUCUCUUUCUUUUGUUUUUUUAAUGCAUCACAUUAGGCAUAUGCAUAAGUAAUAAAUAUGUAUGCCAUAUCAAAAGACUGAUCGCUGCGUUAUCAAUUUUUUUUUUUAUAUAAAAACUUUUAAUCUACUUCUCUGAGUAGUAAAGGAAGGAGUAGCAGGACGAAAGUAAAUUAAGCUGUCUUGAUUGCAAGUAUUUUUAUACGUCAAAAAUUCUUGUAUUUGGAUGUGUGAAAAUUGCGGGAGCUUUCAAGAAGUUUCUCGUGUCUCGUCACUGUCAGGUUGAAACCUUUUUCUUUUACAUGCUGUAUGUACUAAAGAAUACUAAUUGCAGUUAGAUUGGUGGCAAUUUUUUCCUAGAACCAAAGGAUUCAAUUAUAUUCUUGCAACAAGUAAUUUUCUAUGAUGUGAACCCAAAGUUGCCCAAGAGAAGGUGCAAUCUAUGAUCAUAAAUAAGUCCAACCCAUUGAGAAAAUUACUUUAAGUAAUUAGUUUAUUCCACGUACAUAUCAACAAAAACAAACGCGUGUAUGAUUAACUUAAGAAUAGUAAUAAUAUGUAUAAAUCACAAAAAGAAUUUAAUAAAAAUAUACAGUUUACUUCUG